AUGCCCUCUGCCACACCCGUGAUCCCAUCCCAACAAACCGCUAUCGUCGCUGAAGGCGCCGGCCAACUGAGCAUCUAUCACGAUGCCCCAGUUCCCGCCCUCCAGCCCGAUGUGGCUCUCGUCAAAACCGCCGCCGUGGCCAUCAAUCCAGUCGAUGCGAAGAUGCUCGACUACAGCCCUGUCCCGGGGGCCAUCCACGGGUAUGACUUCGCGGGCACCAUCGUCGCCCUGGGGAGUGACACCCCGCCGCAUCUGAAGGUCGGCGACCGGGUCGCAGGCUUCGUGCAUGGCAUGAACCCCCUCCUGCCUGACGUGGGCGCAUUCGCCGAAUACGUUGCCGCCUCUGCCGACCUGGUCCUCAAGCUCCCAGACACGAUGAGUUUCGAGGAGGGCGCCUCGCUGGGGCUAGGGCUGUUCACCGCGGGUCUGGGUCUCUUCCAACAUCUCCAGAUCCCACUUUCUCUCACUCGUGAGCCGAGCCCGGAGGCUAGCUCACCUACAAAGGCAGACUUUGUCCUCGUUGCGGGUGGCAGUACUGCCACGGGAACCCGAGCACUGCAACUGCUGAAACUAGCCGGCCUCCGCCCAGUAGCCACCUGCUCCCCCGCCCACUUCGACCUGGCCCGCCGCUUCGGCGCCGAAGCCGUCUUCGACUACCACGAUCCUGACUGCGCCGCCGCCAUCCGCGCCUACACGAAGAACACCCUCGCCUACGCGCUCGACUGCCUCGCCCUGGCGGAAACCACCCAGCUCUGCUACGGUGCUCUUGGCCGCGCGGGCGGGCGCUACGUCACCCUCGAGCCCUUCCGGGAGGCGAUCGCCGCCCAACGCCCGCACACCGUCACCCCGUCCUGGUUGCUGGCGCUGACGAUCUUCGGGCGCAAAGUUGCGUUGGAUGGGGAGUAUGGGCGAGAGGCAAAUCCGGAGGACCGGGAGUUUGGGGCGCGGUUGACGGAGCAGGUGCAGGGGCUGUUGGAUGAGGGGAAGGUGGAUGUGCAUCCGGUUAGGGUUAUGGGUGGGGGGUGGCAGGGAGUGUUGGAGGGAGUGGAUUUGGUGAGGCGGCAGACGGUUUCGGGGCACAAGUUGGUUUACGCAGUUUAA